CUCAAUUCAGUCAAGAACAUGCCUAAUCAAGUUCGGGAGACAGGCGAACGGUUUAAAGAAACUGCAAUGUUCGGCUUUCUCGCUCUUCUUUUCUUUUUCAUUGCGUAUUUUAUCGGCAUCCCCACCCUUCUCUUCCGUCCUGUGAAAUUUGCCAUGAGCUUCACAAUGGGCAGCCUGAUGACAAUGCUCACGAUCGCUUCAAUACGCGGUUAUUCCGCAUACGUCAAUUCAAUGUUACAGAAAGAUCGAUUACCAAAGACUCUUUUGUAUUUGGGAUCCUUGGUUUUAACGAUUUUCUUUUCGAUUGUCCGCAAAAGCUACGUCAUGACGAUUGUGUGUUCUCUUUCCCAGAUCGCCAUCCUGGCUGUGUAUGUUAUUGAAUCGCUUCCAUCGGGAGGAAAACUCUUUUUGCUCCUUAAGGGAAUAAAGAGAGUUCUGAGUAAAUGUCUUUCUUUUAUAGUCUCGCUCUUUCGGAGAUCGAAUUAGCGUCAAUACGAAUCACGAUUAUAAUAAUAAAAUGAAUAAUAAUACACAAUUUUCCUAUAGCUA